GAGGCUACCAGGAAGCCACCGGCCGUGGUCACUACCAGGUCUUUCUGGACAGAGAAAAGACAGUGUCACAGCAGCUAGAGCAGAAGCCGAGAUGCCACGUCAGUUCCCCAAGCUGAACAUCUCUGAGGUGGAUGAGCAAGUCCGGCUCCUGGCCGAGAAGGUAUUUGCUAAAGUACUUCGAGAAGAGGACAGUAAAGAUGCACUCUCCCUCUUCACCGUCCCCGAGGACUGCCCCAUUGGGCAGAAGGAGGCCAAGGAAAGAGAACUGCAGAAGGAGCUGGCAGAGCAGAAGUCGCUGGAGACUGCCAAAAGAAAGAAAAGUUUCAAGAUGAUUCGGUCUCAGUCCCUGUCUCUGCAAAUGCCGACGACGCAGCCAGAUUGGAAGGGUCCCCCGACAGCCAGCCCAGCCAUGUCUCCUGCAGCCCCUGUGAUCACAGGAGCCACUUUACAGCCCACACCAGUGCCCUAUACCAUGCCCGAGUUCCAGAGGGUGACCAUCAGUGGGGACUACUGUGCUGGGAUCACUGUGGAGGACUAUGAGCAGGCAGCCAAGAGCCUUGCUAAGGCCCUGAUGAUCCGGGAGAAGUAUGCCAGGCUUGCCUACCAUCGCUUCCCAAGGACCACAGCCCAAUACCUGGGCCACCGGCGGCCUGACAUUGCACCUCCAGAAGAAGGUCUACCGGACUUCCACCCUCCCCCAAAGCCUGAGGAAGACCCCUACUGUCUGGAUGAUGCACCCCCCAACCUGGGCUACUUGGUUCGGAUGCAGGGGGGCAUCCUCUUCGUAUAUGAUGACAAGAAGAUGCUGGAGCGCCAGGAGCCCCACAGCCUUCCCUACCCUGACCUAGAGACCUACACCGUGGACAUGAGCCACAUCUUGGCACUCAUCACAGAUGGCCCCACGAAAACAUAUUGUCAUCGGCGACUAAACUUUCUGGAAUCCAAGUUCAGCCUUCAUGAGAUGUUAAAUGAAAUGUCCGAGUUUAAAGAGUUGAAGAGUAAUCCCCACCGAGACUUCUAUAAUGUGAGAAAGGUAGACACGCACAUCCAUGCCGCCGCCUGCAUGAAUCAGAAGCACUUGCUACGCUUCAUCAAACACACAUACCAAACAGAGCCAGACAGGACAGUGGCAGAGAAACGUGGCCAGAAGAUCACCCUGCGCCAGGUGUUUGACAGCCUGCACAUGGACCCUUAUGACCUCACUGUGGACUCACUUGAUGUCCAUGCGGGUCGGCAGACGUUCCACCGCUUUGACAAGUUCAAUUCCAAAUAUAACCCUGUGGGGGCCAGUGAGCUGCGUGACCUGUACUUGAAAACAGAAAACUACCUAGGAGGAGAGUACUUUGCUCGGAUGGUCAAGGAGGUGGCCCGGGAGCUGGAGGAGAGCAAAUACCAGUACUCAGAGCCCCGCCUGUCCAUCUAUGGCCGCAGUCCUGAGGAGUGGCCCAACUUGGCGCGCUGGUUCAUCCAGCACAAGGUCUACUCACCCAACAUGCGCUGGAUUAUCCAGGUGCCUCGAAUCUAUGACAUAUUUAGGUCUAAGAAAUUGCUAUCAAGCUUUGGAAAGAUGUUGGAGAACAUCUUCCUGCCCCUCUUCGAGGCUACCAUCAAUCCCCAAGACCAUCGAGAGCUUCACCUCUUCCUCAAAUAUGUCACAGGAUUCGACAGUGUCGAUGAUGAGUCUAAGCACAGCGACCACAUGUUCUCUGACAAGAGCCCCAGCCCAGACAUCUGGACCAGUGAACAGAACCCACCCUACAGCUACUACCUGUACUACAUGUAUGCCAACAUCAUGGUGCUCAACAACCUCCGCAGGGAGCGAGGCCUGAGCACAUUUCUGUUCCGGCCGCACUGCGGGGAGGCGGGCUCCAUCACCCAUCUGGUGUCUGCUUUUCUCACUGCCGACAACAUUUCCCAUGGGCUGCUUCUCAAGAAGAGUCCCGUGUUGCAGUAUCUCUACUACCUUGCUCAGAUCCCCAUUGCCAUGUCUCCUCUUAGCAACAACAGUCUGUUCCUCGAAUAUUCCAAAAACCCUCUCAGGGAAUUCCUGCACAAGGGGCUGCAUGUGUCGCUCUCCACUGAUGACCCUAUGCAGUUCCACUACACGAAGGAGGCACUUAUGGAAGAAUAUGCAAUCGCAGCUCAGGUGUGGAAGCUGAGCACCUGUGACCUGUGUGAAAUCGCAAGGAACAGUGUGCUCCAGAGUGGCCUUUCACAUAAGGAAAAGCAAAAAUUUCUGGGACAAAAUUAUUACAAAGAAGGACCUGAAGGAAAUGAUAUUCGAAAGACAAAUGUUGCUCAGAUCCGAAUGGCAUUCCGCUAUGAGACCUUAUGCAAUGAGCUCAGCUUCCUUUCUGAUGCCAUGAAAUCAGAUGAGAUUACAGAACUCAACAUAUAGAUCUGGCACUGGACAUGUACUUUAACAUUUUUUCAUUGAAUAUCAAAUUUGUAAUAUUAAGUGGUCAAGAGGAAUUCCCUUUAUGAAGAUGAUGCUUUUGAAAAACUUCAAACUAGUGAUUUUUAACUGCACUAUUCACUUUAAGGUCCAAUAUGUCCUCUUCUGUUAAUAUGUCUGAGUAAGAUGGUGAUUCCUCCUUGAAUAUCUGAGAGUGGGACACUUAUCUGUACUCAUCCCUAAGUUUCUAAGUAUUUCUCUUGAAACUGCUAGGGCUUGCAUUUUGAGGGCCUAGAUUUUGGGGCAUGGUCUCAUGCCCAAUGACAUGAGGUCUGUGUGGUUCUGCCAUCAAUCCUCUGCAGGCCCUGCAAGCUGGUUGGUAGUUGUUCAUUUCAGCCUCUUGCUGGCUGGCUGCCUUAAAAAUCUAUUUCCAACUUCCCUUUCAUAAAGGAGCUACUCUGAGAGAAUUGAAAUAGAAAACUUCCUUCUUGACAAUGUGUGUUUUUAAUAAAUUUUAUGAACUGUUUUAUUUAGCUCUCCUAGUUAGGAAAUCAAAUGUGGACACGAAAACUGUUACUCUUACAUCUUGGUUUACUCAUCUGGAAAGUGAAGGUUUGGAUUAGAAAAGUG